AAAACAAAGAUGCAGAACAAAAAUCACAACUUGGAGAUUGCAGAGCUCUCAAAGUAUGCAUUAUGCAACAACAACUCAUCUGUUAUCUUGGUCCAAGAAUUCUGGGCUGCUCAGCAUUGUUUCUGAAUCUGAGAGCGAGUGAACUCUUGGAGAGUUUAUAAUGCCAGAAACCUUGAGCUCAUGGGUUUCACUGAUUCCCGGUUUGAUGCUAUUGGCAUUGCUUCAAAACUAUCAUAUAUGGAUUUUGGAGAUGCGGUUAACUAUCAGGGCUUUGCCAGACUUGGCAAACACCGCGGCAUUUGCUCUCCACAGCGCACAAUAGUGAGGUCACAUUCAGAGGCCCGAGCUAGUUAUUACACGUUCAUUUCCUGAGCAAAUCCACCAAGAUUACCAUAAAUGGAUGGAUUCAAAAAAUUAAUAGAUUGCCUUCUUAGGCUUAAUGUUGUGCAGUGGGGAUCAUAUAAAUGGCCGGUCAUUAUCAAAGCAGAGGUCCUAUAUGUGUUCACUGCUUGCUGCUUGAAGGAAACGUAUUAGGUGGAGACAUUCAACUGAAUUUGGCUUAAGUUGCACUCAGAACAUUGUAUGUCAUAGAGGUCAUUCCAUAAAAAAUGAUGUGGAAUGGGGACCGUAGACAGAGUUUAUGUAUAUUUGCACUUGAAACACAGAAGAAGCAGCAAAAAGAGAACCAGAAUCUGAAUCAGGGAAAAAAGGCUGGUAGUACUAGUACCAAAGAUCAUCAGACAAAUGCUGCUGUUAUGCCAUCUGGCAAUCCUUUACCAGAAAGAAGCAAGCUUCAACUGUUGCUUGGUAAACUGAAAAGGAGAGAUGUGCACUGUAUGUUCUCGGAGCCAGUAAUGCAGAAGAGGUGGAAUAUUAUUAUGAUGUCAUUAAAGAACCAAUGGAUUUUGGCACGAUUACAGCAAAACUCAAUGGAGGAAGCUACAAAGCACUGCAAGAAUUUGAGCAUGAUGUAACACUGGUACGGAGCAAUGCUAUGCUUUUCAACGAUUCAAGUACCCUUUAUUAUGAAGAGGAUGCAGAGGUGGAAGAAGAUCCAAGUAUUCUGAAGUAGAUCAACGCUAUACCUACCGGCCUCUGAAUAAAUUGCUCAAUGAAAAUGAGUCAAUAGCAGCUGCAGUCUAUCUCAGCCCACAAGAACUAGUGCAGAAUAAGCAGAAUAGUACUGGACACACAGAAAGCCUGCUGCAGUUUGUUAAAGAUCUAGGGCCUACUGCUAAUACAUUUGCGUGUUGGAAGUUACAAAGUUAUGCAGAAGAAGCGCCUAACGUGGAAAGGGUAUUGACAGCAGAUCAAGACACUGGGGGUUUCCACUUUAUGAAUGCCUUACUUGGAGAUGGGAGUUCUGAAUGGGACACAUACGGUAACCUCGAGGGAAAACCAGUUCGAACUAUGCUUGAUCAGGACAAUGGGAAUUCUGACUUUACCAGAUCCUUAUUUGGAAGUUCCAACUUAUCUGCUCAGGGUACAAGCAUCCACUUCAGUGGAAAAUCUGUCUGGGGCAGGCCUGAUCAAAACUGCUGGUGUUCCUUCAUCGACAAUCCCUCAUUUGGAAAUGGAUAUUCUUUUCCUUCUACAUGGAAAAGACAAGUUGAAGCCAACAACUUAUAUUCAAGUGCUUUUGAUAAGGGUAAGAAUGUCCAAGUAGCUAACAUAUCUUCUUUAGAGCAGAAGAUACCGGCUGCAAAAGGUUAUGGUUCUUCAUCAGCAGCAUGGCUUUCCCAAUUUAUGUCUGGAGCAACUCAGAGCCCAGCCACUCGCACUAGUUACUCCAGCAAUGUGGAGGAGGCAGGCCAAGACUGGAAACGGUUCAGGCCAACAGAGGCACCACCACAGCCUGUUUCUAGCCGGCUGUUCCAGCCGCAAUCAACAUCAGCUGGGCCCUCACAGUGGGAGACAUCAACCUCUAAUGCAAAGCCUGUAAAGUUAUCAGACAUAGAUGAAUGGCUCCGAAACCAUUAAAAAUCACAAAUCCUAUUCAUAGCUAUCCACCUGAAAUCUCCACAGGGUACAACAUGGUGCUAUCUGAUCCUACUUUCUAGACUGAGGAUUUCAUGAUCUGUUUCAAUUGAUGGUUUUAGGCUUUUAGCAUCUCUUCCUUUCUUUAGACCAUAAUAAGGGCUUUGUUAUAUAAUCAUUGACAUUGGUUCCAUGGUGGAACCUCAGUAUCUCUUCCCUUCUUCAGAACAUAAAUAAGAGCUUUGUUUUAUCCAUUACAUUGCCUUGACUGAUAAAACAGUAUUGGUUCUAUGCCUUUUGGAUAACAUACAUAUGAGACCAAACUACCCCUUAUCGUUUAAAAGGGUAAUACGGUCACACAUUAUCAUCCCCACUUCAUUGGAGAAACAGCCUCAGAGGAAGAAAUGGAGGCUGCUGCGACGCCCAUGAACAUAGUAGAGGGUCAUUCAUGCAAGGCUAUGGAGUUAAAAUGGGUAAGUUCCCGAGGCAAAGCCCAACUGCAAAACAUGAAAACACCUUCAAAAUUUAAAGCACCAGCUACACUUCAAGCCUCAGUCCCUGUGUUCAUAUCCACAAACCCAUCUCACGUAAAACCAGAUGAUCUCAUUGACCUAUACAGCGCCUGCAAUCUCAACGGCCACCGAUUCCCGGAGUACGUGGACGGCGGAGAUGGCUGCCGUGUAGUUGAAGGUAUUGAUGUGAACAAGCUACGUGUGGCUCUCUCACACAGUGAAGUUGUGGUCUCAGUCUUCUGCAAAGCAAAUGAUGUAGUUAGCAAAACUUCAUCAUCAUUUUCGCAAAAAAAUCGACAGCAGCAGAAGAUUAGCAGAGAGGGUUUAGGAGAAUUGUUUGAGAGGGUGGUGAUGCCGGUGACACCAUUUAACAGUCAAUUGGUGGGUUUUGGCCGAGCUGUUUCUGAUCAAGGAUUGACAGCCUCCAUCUACGAUGUUAUGGUUAUUCCUUCAUUGCAGGGUAUGGGAAUUGGCAAGAUGAUAGUUAAAAGAAUCAUAAGAAUACUCACAAGCAGAGACAUUUAUGACAUAGCAGCCCUUUGCUCAGAGAGCGAGAGCUCGUUCUUCAAAGCAUGUGGUUUUGGAGAUGACAUUCUGUGCUCCACAGCAAUGAUGUAUACAAGGACUGCUAGUGGUUCAACUAAUCUCGAAGAACAACGGAUGGUAACACGCGCAGGUCGAAAGCUAUUGUUAGUCCCACCAUUUUUGAAGACCUUACCAUACUCCAAGUCCAAGACCACCACACAAUCAUCUUAAGCAUCAAGAUAAGAAGUGUUGUGUUUCUGUCAAUAGAAGAGUUUGAAAUUGGUGUUUCACUGUCUCUAUUUUGGCUUGAAGAUGUUGCAUGUUCACAUUCAAACCAGAACAGUCAAUGUGGACUGUGGACCCUUUCUUUGAUUGUUAGAUUCCAAUCAUUCCAUAUGUUAAUUCAAGAUCAUGUAAAUAUUUGAAAAAUAGUUACUGUGCUCAUAUUCCCCAACAGUAUUAAGCUUUACAUUUUCUAUUUACAGCA